CCCUCCUCUCGAAUAGGUUAUGUCUUCCCGCCUCCUUUGUAAACCGCCAUUUUGAAAUUAUGAGAAGUGCAAGCAAGUAACUGGGUUUUUGUUGGUUCCUGAAUUUAGUGUUUAGGAGAGUUACUUUGUUUAAUCUAAGCCUACGGGGAUAGUAGCCACAACAAGCACACGUUAUUUGAAAAGGUGUAUCAUUUGCUAUAUUGCGUUUCACUGAUUGCAGUCAUGUCUGGUGAUGGAGAUACAAGUUUGAACACGGAGACAGGAGAGAAAAAGAUGGAAGGGGCAACUAAAAAGCCAAAAAGCCUGUCAGCCACAGACAAGGAAAUAGAAAGGGAAGAAGCAUCAGAGGGAGAAGAGGAGGAGGAAGAAGAGGAGGAGGAGGAGGAGGAGAAAGAAAAAAGCCUCAUAGUUGAAGGCAAGAGAGUAAAGAAGACAGUGAAGAGGCUAGCCCUCCAAAUGGUUCAACCUACCAAGGGACCGCUUUCCAUUGUACAGGGAAAAGGUGAAAAACUGGGUGAUAUAGAGAGAAUACAGCUCUUCGUGGGAAAGAUGAAAGCAGCAAACCUUAAACCUUUACAUAAACUACUCUAUAACCGACCAGGCACGAUUUCAUCUUUAAAGAAAAAUAUCCGCCUUUUCAGUGGGUUUACAUUUGAAGAGGAAAGUGACCAGUACAAGAAAAAGCGUGAUAUUCUGAAAAAGUAUACAAAUGCUGUAUUGAAGACCAUCUGUGGUGCCCUGGACCUUGAGAAGUCUGGAAAAAAUGAUGAUGUUAUAUCAAGAAUAAUGGCUUUUCUAAUGAAGCCAAAAUCUUCAGGCAAGCCAUUGCCCAAGGCUAAAAAGAAGUCCCAGAAAGGUGAGAAGAGAAAGCGCAAGAACACUGGUUCGGCAAAGAAAACAAAAUCAAAGGGCACAACGUCGGCAGAGAUUGUGACUGAGUCAAGCAGCGAUGAGGAGGAAAAGAAGGACAGUGAGCACUCUUCAGAGGUAGACGAUCAACAUCAUGAAGAUAAGGAUGAGCCUAAACGGAAACCUCAGAAAAGUGGGAAGAAGGAACGUGCCACUGCUGGGUCGGCCAAAAAGAAGUCCAAGCCAAAAGCCAGAAAGUCUGCCUCAGUCCUGGAGUCGAGCAGUGAAGAGGAGGAAGACAGCGAGGAGAAGGAAGAGCCUCCCAAAAAGGUAGCAAAAACAGAAAAAUCUGUAGCCAAAGGAAAAACACAGAGCACCAAGCUAGCUAAUGUAAAGAAGGCGGAUAGCAGCCAAGACAUUACAAAGAAAGAACAGAGCAGUGCAAAACAAGAAAAUGAUUCGGAAGACAACUCGGAUGAUGAACCGUUGAUAAAAAUGUUGACGAAGCCGCCUACUGAUAACGACUUGAAAGAGACAGUAAAAAAGCUGCUAGAAAAGGCAAACCUGGAGGAAGUCACAAUGAAACAGAUAUGCAAGAAAGUCUAUGAAAACUACCCCGAUCAUGACCUGACUGACAGGAAAGACUACAUCAAAAAGACAGUAAAAGAGUUGAUCUCCUGAUGAAACAUUGGUAAAGAUUUGGAGUAAACUGCCAAAAUAAUUUCUGCAGGACUUUGGUGGUUCCAAAGAGUCAUUUUAAUAACCAGCAAUGAUUGAGUUUACUUUGUUACUCCUGAAUUUUAAACAAUUUUGAAUAGGAUGCUCCUGUGUCAAGUUCUAAUGUAAAUUGCUUCCAAAUUAUGUUUUUUUUGUGAAGUUUGCCUUUUCUAUUUGCUAACUGUGUUUUUAUAUUUGUUGGUUGUAAACUCCUCCAUUAUUACCAAGCAUGAGUUUUGUAAUCUUGUUUUUACAUAGUAAUUUGGCUGUGAAUAAAAUUGUUGAAUUAAUUUUUAUACAUCCAGAAAAGGUGGUGCAACUGGCAUCCUGGCUCAUUCUGAGAAUGGGGAUGAUGUUCUUGUAAGUUCACCGAUUUUUACACAAUAAAUAGUCGAGGUCAAUGUUCCUCAAACGUGGCCGCCAGCGAGAUUUUUGUGCACAGCAGCCCCCCAGAAACAGCAUUCUGUACUUUCUUUUUUUUCCUGAAUUGUGUGCUGAUUUUUAUGUAAACAACACAAAGUGCAUCUGUCAUGUUUUGUUUUCUUUUGUUUUGUUUUGUUUUGUUUUUUAACUUAAAAAAUGGAAUCAGCGGUAUUAAUUCGUUAUAAAACUGCAAAAAUAAAAUGUAAAAAAAUUG